AUGACCGGCCACCGCCUGGUUGCUACAGACUUCGGCGAGAACCACUACGGUGAUCCGUACAGAGUCGAGCUUGGUGCAAAUUGGCUCCAGAAACACAACGACGCCACGGUCCUUCCCGACUACGAGAACUAUCUGACCUACAACGAGACUGGAGAAAUUGAGAUUGACCUUUGGGAUGCUUACGAUGAGGCCGACAAGGUGGCAACGGCUGAGGCGGGUCGACUUUUGACGGACAAUGUUCGAGAUCAAUCUACCCGUGCUGGCCUUGCCCUUGCCGGAUGGAACCCUGAGGUUGACGAUAUGAGCGCUGCAUUGGUGGAGUGGAUCAAUUUUGACUGGUCGAUCGCCGUGCCUCACGAUUACAGCUCCCUCAUCUUCAACACCGCGGUGGAGAACUUCACGUAUGGCCUGUUGGGCGACGAAGAGCCCUUCAUCGUCGACUCUCGAGGCUACAACACAAUUGUCUCGGGUGAAGCUCUCACCUUUCUCCAGCCAAACGAUCCUCGACUUCUCCUCAAUACCAUCGUCACCGACAUAUCCCAUUCCGAUUCUGGCGUGACUGUCCACAACGCUGAUGGAACCUGCAUCUCCGCGGCCUACGCCAUCAACACCUCUUCUCUCGGUGUCCUCAAACACGACUCUGUGUCCUACACUCCCGCCCUCCCAACCUGGAAAUCCACCGCCAUUCAGAACUUCGGCAUGACGACGUACACCAAGAUCUUCCUCCAAUUUCCCACCACAUUCUGGCCUCAAGACACCGAACUCUUCUACCAUGCGGAUCCCCACGAACGAGGAAACUAUCCCGUCUUCCAAUCUCUCUCCCACGCAGCUUAUCUCGGCGUCGACAGCAACCUCUCUUCGCAACCGCCACAGCCGAAUAAUCGCACCGCAUCGAACGCCAAACCGACGCAGAAACCCAAGCCGAGAUCAUGGCCGUUCUCGCCGAGAUGUUCCCCAACAUCACCAUUCCCGAACCCACGGCUUUUCUCUAUCCGCGCUGGACGCUGA